UAUUCAUCUUUAUAUUAGACGAUCGUACACAUACAGGAAUAUUUCAAUACUAACAAAACGUUAGAACGGUUUACAAAUGGUUUUACUGUUAUUUUGUCACAUCUACCAGCCGGGGUUGUACUUUGGUAUUAAAUGACCUUGGUGUACUAUGUAAGUUAAAUACUAUGGUGUAUGAAUAAGUUUUCCAGAACUGAAGAUGAGUCGAUCGACCAGUCUCCUCCAGCAGAUGACUAUAUUUGUUACUGUGGUGAGCGGUGGAGGCUGUGCUAUGAUGUAUUAUCUCAUGCAGAAAAACUUUGCUAAAGCAGAGUAUUACCGUAUGGCCCUUCAAGAGUUAAAUAAUAACUCCACAGCCAUGGCCAGCCUGGGUGCACCGCCUUUAAAGAUCCACAACAUCCAUUUAUCUGACAGACACAAUCGCAUGGAACACACCAGUGCUCAGUUAAAGAUUCCAGUUACCGGCUCAAAGACUGGAGGUUAUCUCUACACAACAUCUAGCAGAGACACUCUCAUGAACAGAUGGCAUCUCGAGCAAGUGUUUUUGAAGCUUAGGGAUGGAGAAACCAUUAAGAUCUUCAACAAGACAGAAUCUCAAGAUUAACAUCACGCAGAAUAUCUGUCCCAUAAAUGUGUUUAUUUCAGAAAUGCCUGUGAAUAUUGCAUGUACGUAAAUUUAGCUAAUUUAAAAAUUUGUUUAUGAAUAUACUGUAUGCAAGUUAAAUCGUAUUGUUUUGUGCAUCAUUAAAGACAGUGAUGUAAAUGACGACUUUGUAUUAUAUGCAUUUUUAUCUUUAUAUCAUAAAAUAAUUAUGUUAUUUCUUUGUUUUUAAUGUGUACUAUUUUAUUACAACCAAAACAGUUUAUAAUAAAUUAUUCAUGCAAUGUU